GAGAGGCUAUUUAUUUCACCAAGAAAAUUGCAGAAUGGAUGACUUGAGUAUGACAGCUGCAGCAUCAACACCAAAUCCCCCAGUGAGUCCAAGUGAUGACAUCAACUGGUUCGCUGGUAUAGCUGAGGAAGAACUACUGUAUUACACCAGUAAUGACGUUGACUCCCUCUGGGCUGUCAUUGGUAGUUUUGUUCCACCUCCACCACGACCCCCUUAUCUCCCUGAAGAGGGCAUCGCCACCGAUGGGCUUACUACCUGUGAUCUUUGUACCUGGGCACUGCGUAAUGACAGGCACUUAUCGUUUUCCCUGGAUGGUACACUCGAGGCACCUGGAGAAUUCGGUUGGGUCUUGACUCUAAUAAUUGUGUCGCUCAUAUCGGCGGUGAUUGGAGCUGUCGUUAUGGUCACUCUUCUUCACUGCAGAAGAAUAAAGAGCGCCGGUGGCAGAGGCGGUUGCUGUGGCGUAGGCGUUGAUGAAGCGAAUCCACAGGAGCCCGUGAGCUCGGCGACUGGAGGCGUCGCCGGGGGUGGCGGUGUAUCAGUCAUACCGGAUAGACCGCCAUUAGAACUUGACAAGUUACCCCCUUAUCAUGAUAUUACACCUACCCCUGGACAUAACGUAUGGUCCUGGCUGGGUUCUCGUCGUGGAGGUGGCACAGCCGGGGUUGUAACGACCCCCCUGAGUCUCCCACAGCAUCGUUGUGCCAUUAAUUUACCAGUUGAGAAUCACUACACCCACAUGCAGACUGAUGAGGCACUCUACGCUGAAUUGGACUCACAGACAGCGAGUUAUGCUAGUGAUCUACAAUUACAGCUAAGGGGUAGUUCAACGUAUGGUGAUGGGGGGACGACACCAGGUGAGGAGGAUGAGUACCAUGAGUUGGAUGCCGCUCGACUCCACAGGAGAUACUCGACGAGUGAUAAUGAGACACUAAAGAGGGAUUCAAUCAGAACGAGACACAGUCAGAGGUUAAAAGAGUCUGAUUACGAGAUGUACGAGAAUGGCCCAUCGACUCCAAUCCCCCUACAUGUGCAAAAUCAUCAUCACACUCAUCCUCAUCCACAUCCUCAUCAUCAUCACCAUCAUCAUCAUCACAUUCAGACUCACAGGAGUAAUGGUAGUGCUAGUGAAAUUAAUCCCUCUUACCAAAAUACUGGAUACACAGGUAGUGAUAAUGAACCUGACGGUCCUUUUCUCAGCAGUGCGCCCAGUAGUGCUUACUACAGUGAUCUGAGUUCAAAUUCAACCAAUCAACCCUCAACUCUACCAGUUUUAACAACUCCAAUUAAUCAAGACCAGGGACAGUACAGAUUGGCAGCGAUAAAUGAAUCCACAGAAUGGAAAACGAAAGAUGCAUCCAGAGAAUAGAUAAUGAUUCAGUAAAAAACACAUUGCAAAAUUAGC